CAAAAACGACGACGACACAUCUAUUGCAAACGAUGACUCGUUAGUUCCAAGGAAAGGACGGUCCGAGGAGAAAAAAGCAAUCAGCAAUCGCCACAGCCAAUUUUUCGGUUAGGAAGUCUUCCACUGAAUAUGUCCAAUACCGGGCACGACGAAUUUGACCGUUUAGCGAGUGAACUUUCUGCCACCAUUAAAGAGAUCGAGGUCGCACUGCGCGAGAGGGCAAGUGGCGAUAGCAAGAAUGACAAGGAGAGUCGCAGCGGGACAAAUAAAUUAAUCGUGAAGGCCUCUUCAAUUCUCUCGAAAUUGUCGUCCGUGACGAAAAGCGUUUCAGAAAGGGAAGAACCAGGUCUCAAACAGGAACUCGUUGACAUAUACAAAGCAUACAAAAUGCAAAUGAAAACCUUCAAGUCCCUACAUCAACAACCAGAAUUGUUCAAAAACAAAAUUGGAACCARAGCGUCGUGUACCGAAAAACUAGAAUYGGAGAAAUUGACAUUAUUUYCUUCCUCUGGAGGGAAAACCGUAGGUAGCGAUGAACWAUCGUCGAGAUGGCACGACACUAGCGGAACCAGAAAGAAUAAUUUCUCUAGAAACGGUCAUUCUCGGGACGGGAUUGUCUCCAAUACGCAAGGAAGGGUGGGAAAGCAGAACUCCCGGCUCCAAGAUGCCCUGAAGAGUCUCGCGGAGUCGGAACAAGUUGCUCAAGAAAUAUCAGGAGAAUUGCAAGGUCAACGAGAAACGCUACAGAAAGCGCAUGGUCGAAUGGACCAAUUUUCUGCCAUGACUGAGUACUCGAAAACUCUCCUGAACAGUAUGAACAAACCGUGGUGGCGGAAGUGGUAGAUUUUUGUUACACAAUGGAGUGUYCCGUUAUGUCAAAAGAUUCUGUGCUUUUGUCCGGAAACGAUUKUUAGGUUUGAGUCGAGUCGAGUCGAUUUUAGUUCUUUCGAAAGCGCUAAUUUUUCCAUCCUCAUUUCUAUCCGUAUCGGGAGUAGCACAUACAAAGAUCGCACCCCGUCAGGUCAAAGGAAAGCUAAUAGACCGCUGGGUCCCGAGAGUUAAAACAAGCAAGCUUUCUACUCUUCAACCCAACAUCGGGAUCGUCUUUUCCAAACAUCUUUUAUAGAGUCUGCAUUGCUCCCCGUACAGUGGCACGUGCACUCCACCUGAGCACGUGUGCACAAGGAAGGAAGACAAAACGCUGCAUCUCAUGCUUUCAUAUUCGGACUGUACGUACUGCAAGCUUCAGCACAUAAACACGAUCGAUCGUCCGAGUGAAACGGAGUCUUGCGAUACAUUUUAGUGCAUGAUGUAAAGGUGACUGCUAGCCAGCAUCUAAUGGAACUACGAUUGAUCCAGAAAGGCCAGUAUGGUCCAACAAGUGUCGUACCUGUAAAAACUAAAAACAGGUAGCUCCAUCUUAACAAAUGACUACUGUACGUGUAUUGCGAWGCAGAAGUACGCAGUUUGGACUGAUAAGCCCUUAUUUUCGAUAAUGGUACGAGUACUACUGUACUUWGCUUAAUUUUCUUUUUUGAAACGUCAAUACCUGGUUUAUCGCGAUCCUUUCCUGCAAUGCUUUUGAUAGUCGUAGAAGUAAUUCGCACGAACGCCUGAAAAAUAUUUUACUUACUUACUGUAAUAUCUUAUUGUACGGUAGAGUAAACUCGUUAAGGAUGUCUGAAUGCGUUCUUAACACGUAGAGUCUUAAAGGUCACGUUAAUAGAUAAUGCGACAUUAG